AUGCACGAAAACAAAGAAGAAACUAAAGCGAAAAAAACGGGCGUGAAAAAAGGUCCAAACAGGACGUUAAUCAUUAACCAUCAGGAUCUCGAGAGGGAGGGAGGUUCAAUUAAACUUGGUAUUCAGCGUCCAAACAGGACGUUAAUCAUUAACCAUCAGGAUCUCGAGAGUGGAGGGGAGCGUUCAAAACUUGGGAUCCAGCGGUGA